UCCAAUGAUAACUUUAUUAAGCAUAAAAAAGAUAAAACUCCUUUUGUAAGCAAUUACCCUAAUAGACGUACAACAACAUUAUCAACUGAUGUCUCACAAAAAUCUGCACAUAAAACAUGCGCAUUUUGUUCACAAAAUCAUAACCUAUCAAAAUGUGGUGAAUUCGCACAGAAAGAUUUAGACACUCGUUGGAAAGUAGUAAAAGAAUCGAAAGUAUGUCACGCGUGUUUAUUGCCAGGACACCUUCGUGACAACUGUCGGGUUAAUAUUCAUUGUCCCUGCUCGAAUGAAAGAAAACACCAUCCAUUAUUACACAAUCCUAGGGACAAGCGUGAAGAUUAUAAAAACAAUAAACCGCCCGACGAUAAAAACACUGACGAAACCGACGUCAAAACAACUUCAGUAUGCCAUGCUACAACAGUUGAAAAUCUAACUCUGACAGUCCUAUUACAUGUUGUUGCUGUUCGAGUAUUUGGACCAGAGGGAAAAUCUCUGACGACGUAUGGCCUAAUUGACAAUGCUUCUAGGGCAACUAUUAUGGAUUGUGAGAUUUCUAAACCUCUCGGAAUUCGAGGUCGAAAAAGUUCGGUCAAUGUGAGCACAAUUACCCAAAGUAAUUCCGAGCAAUUUGAAAUUGCGAAUUUUGGAAUCCGAUCUGCGUCUGAUGAUGGCGCUGUGUUUGAAGUAAAAGAGGGACUUAUUACUGAUAAAUUUAAUAUCAACGAGAAAGUGUUACCACACAACAUUGACUUGAGUCUACAUCCACAUUUAAAAGAUCUUGCUCUUCCGGACGUUGAUGUCAAGAAGGUGACUAUUUUGAUAGGUAAAGACAUGCCCGAGCUUCAUGAUAUUUUAGAAGUUCGAAGAUCUGAUAAACCCGGAAGUAAACUACAAGGACUUCGUGGACCUUUAGGAUGGGUCAUAACUGGAACUGUAGAAGGAGUUCGAAUUUCGAAAUCGGUUACCUGUAAUUUUACGCAUGUUGAUAAAGACUUGCACAAAUUGGUUGAAAAUUUCUGGAAAUUAGAUGACUUUGGUUCGAAAAGAUUGAAUAUUCCAGAACGGUUUGAAACUGAAUCGAUUGAAGAUAAGCGUGCUAGUAUGAUUUUAGAUAAGACUACCCGGUUAAUUAAUGGACACUAUGAAAGCGGUCUGUUAUGGAAAAACGAUAACGUGACUCUACCAAAUAACCGACACCAAGCCGAGGAUCGGCUGAGAAGUUUAAAACGUAGGUUCGAAAAGGAUGACGAUUUUGGUAAGGUUUACACAAAAACAAUGACGGAUUACAUCCAAAAGGGAUAUGCUAGAAAGCUGUCUGCCGAGGAGGUGAAACGGACAAGCCCGAGAACGUUUUAUUUGCCACAUUUUGGAAUAAAGAAUGAGAAUAAACCCGGUAAAGUUAGAAUUGUAUUUGAUGCCGCAGCGGAAUACGAUGGUACAUCGUUGAAUAAACAAUUAUUGACUGGACCGGAUAGAACAAAUAACUUAGUUGGAGUACUCUUGCGAUUCCGCCAAGAUAAAGUAGCUCUUGCCGCCGAUGUUGAAAGUAUGUUUCACCAGGUGCGUGUUAGAAAGGAAGAUCAGGAUUCGCUAAGAUUUCUGUGGUGGACACAUGGAUUUGAUAAACCUUUAGAUGAAUACGUCAUGACUGUUCAUAUUUUCGGAGCCGCUGACUCGCCCUGCUCAGCCAAUUCUGCUUUAUUGAGAACCGCGAAAGACAAUGAGCUUGAAUUUGACACCGAAGCGGUGAAAACUAUAGAAAAUAACUUUUAUGUUGACGAUCUUCUGAAAUCGUUUUCCACUCCAGAAGCGGCUAUUGAUAUUGGACAUCAGGUUGUUGACAUAUGUAAAAAUGGCGGUUUCAAAUUGACAAAAUUUCUAAGUAACGACAGAAACGUCUUAGGAACUUUUCCUAGUGAACUAAGAGCAGAUCCUACCCUUGAUUUAGAUUUUGAACAGUUGCCAAAUUCCCGAGCACUCGGGCUUCAGUGGUCUGUUGAAUUGGACACGUUGGGAUUCAAAGUCAUGAAUUUAGACAAACCAAACACAAUGAGAGGAGUGUUAUCGACAAUUUGUUCCGUGUUUGACCCUCUCAAUAUUGCUGCCCCUGUAAUGAUUCCUGCUAAACAGAUCAUGCAAGAACUCUGGCGUAAGAAGUGGUCGUGGGAUCAAAAGAUAGAAGGAGAAUUGCUUUCGAAAUGGUUGAAGUGGAAAGAUAACCUCCAACGCUUGGGGAACGUUAAAGUUCAAAGAAGCUAUUUCCUUAAAGACAGACAUGAACAGGGUACAGUUGUUGAACUGCAUCAUUUCUGUGAUGCCUCGGAAAUUUCCUUAGGUUGUGUGUCCUUUAUGAGAAUCGUGUACCCCAAUGGUGAAAUUGAAUGUUCCUUUGUGAUGGGUAAAUCUAGAAAUGCACCAAUCAAAUCAAUCAGUAUUCCUAGACUAGAAUUGCAGGGUGCUGUACUGGCCGCUAGAAUCCAUAACAGUUUAAUCCGUGAAAUAGAAAUUGAUAUCGACAGAACCUAUUUCUGGACUGAUUCGAUGAUAACGCUUAACUAUAUUAACAACGAAACUCGUCGUUUCCAGACCUUUGUUGGAAAUAGAAUAACCGAAAUCCGCGAAUUAACAGAACCAGACCAAUGGCAUCACUGCCCUGGGAAGUUGAACCCCGCUGAUGACGUAAGCAGAGGACUUAAUUUUGAGCAAUUCAACUCCAACAGUCGUUGGAUUAGAGGACCUCAAUUUCUUUGGAAACCAAAAGAUCAGUGGCCAGAUUUGAAGAUUGACACUGUUCCGAUUGAAAUGUUAGAAGUUAAGAAGGAGAUCCACGUGUUUUCUUCUGAACCAGAAUCGCAUCUUUCUCAAUUAAUAAAUAGACAUUCUAACUGGAAUCCGUGUGUUAGAAAUGUAGCUUGGAUCGUAAAAUUUAUUGACUGGUUGAAAACCCAUCCAGCUAACAGAUCGAAAAUCGAAAAACGAAUUACAACGGAAGAUUAUGAAUCCGCUACCAAGUGUAUCAUCCGAGAAGUUCAAAUUCGAAAUUUUCCAAAUGAAUUGACAAGUUUGAAAUCAAAUCAAUGUGUGAGCAACUCGAGUAACAUUGUGAGGCUAAAACCGUUAUUAAGUGAUGGCAUCAUACGUGUAAGUGGUAGACUGACAAAGGCUCCUAUAUCAUAUGAUGCGAAACAUCCCAUGAUACUUCCGCGAAAACAUCAUGUAACGAAUAUGAUAAUCCGACAUUUCCAUAGAGCAAAUGGACACUGUGGACACGAACAAGUUCUUUCGUUAAUUCGAGAAAGGUUUUGGAUUUUGAAAUCAAGAAUUGCUAUUCGUGAAGUGAUACAGACCUGCAUAUUGUGUAGGAAACGUAAUGCCGUUCCUUUGGUACAAGAAAUGGCGAAUCUUCCAAGUUAUAGACUAACACCGUUUGAAAACCCCUUUACUUAUACUGGGUUAGAUUAUUUCGGUCCUAUGUAUGUGAAGCGUAGUAGAAAAGUUGUUGAAAAACGUUGGGGUGCGUUAUUUGUGUGCAUGAACUAUCGUGCCAUUCAUUUGGAACUUGUGAAAUCUCUAGAAACUGACGAUUUCUUAUUAGCGUUGAUGAGAUUUAUGAAUCGUCGUGGACGUGUUAAACAGAUUUCCUCGGACAAUGGAAGUAACUUUGUCGGAGCUGAGAAAGAAAUCCGCGGGUGCAUCCAGAAACUGAACUCCGGAAAGGUAGAAAAAUAUCUUGUUGAGCGCAAUUGUAAAUGGAUUUUCCACACGCCCACUGCAGCUCAUAUGUCCGGAGUGUGGGAACGAAUUGUAAAGAGUGUAAAACGUAGUUUAAAAGCGAUUAUCGGAAAUGAUACUAUCAAUGAGGAGGUAUUAACAACUGUUUUGACAGAAGCUGAAAGGAUCGCAAACAGCAGACCUUUAACGCGAAACCCACUGAGCCAAAAUGACGACGACCCUUUAACUCCGAACCAUUUUUUGAAUGUGAAACCCAGUGAUUAUAUUCCUCAUGAAAUUAUUUGUGAAACUGAUAAAUUUAGCAAGAAAAGAUGGCGCCAGUGCCAAUUGUUAUCCAAUCACUAUUGGAAUAGGUGGUUAAAAGAGUAUAUCCCCACUCUCCAAAGUCGUAGCAAAUGGUUAAAACCUAAGCGUAAUUUGCGUAUAGGCGAUUUAGUAUUAGUGUGUGAAGACAAUGUUCCCAAGAAUCAAUGGCUUCUUGGCCGCGUUACUGAUGUAUUUCCCGGUAAUGACAAUUUAGUUCGAAAUGUUGAAGUUAAAACUAAGAAUUCGGUUCUAAAAAGACCCAUUCUCAAACUGUGCUUAUUAGAAGCACAUGACUGUGAAAUUUAGACAUUCGUUUGAAUUAUUGAAGGGUUUGAAAUGUUUGAAAUAUCCGAAUUAAAUUGUAUACUGUUUGAAUAGGCUACUUGUAACUAUGCAAUAUUGUAUAUUUGCUAGGAUGGUAUUUGUAAAUCUGAUAGAAUUGAUUGAAGGUUUGAAAGUGAGGUAGUGUUGGAAAGUGUUAUGAACUAUUUCCUUCUUGUCCCAAUAGUUCAUGGCGGGCGGUAUGUUGUGACAAUAGAGUUGAAUUACCAUUUUAUUAUGAUUGAAGUAUUUUCUGUUCAAAAAGUUGACAUAGAAAAUCGAGUCUACAUGAUUUGUAGGGCCUUUUGGGUUUUUCUUAAAUUGAAGAGUUUGAAAGUUGAAAAACCCACACAAUGUGCUGUUAGAAAUUGUUUAUUUGCUUGAAUCGUGUUUUAUGUGAUUGAAAUGUUAGAAAAAGCACCAUAAGUUUCGAAUUAUUUGCUGUUCAUUCGCUGUUUUUCAUUGGCUGUGUUGAAAAUAUGAUUGAAUAUUCAUGUUUGAAGAACUUUCGUACUGCGAACUGUAUUGUUUGAAAUAAAGAAUUAAACAGUAAUUAAUAUGGAAAUUUGG